AUGUCGGCGCUCUUCAACUUCCAGUCGAUGCUGACGGUCGUCCUCCUGGCGAUCUGCACAUGCACGUAUCUGCGGCCGCGCUUUCCGUCUCUAAUCGACAACAAGCAACCGGGCUUCAAAGGCGUGCUGGGGAAGUUCGCGGUCCUCGGCGACCGACUUUCUGGCUAUGUCUCCGCUGCAUGCGUCCUCAUGGCGUUCUCAACUCUCUUUCUUCGCUGA